AUGUCGGGUAGUGUACCUGUGUUGAGGACGAGUCCUGUUCGAGUAGGUGGGCAAUUGGAUGAUUCUACAGCUUAUUUCCAUCACUUGUUUUGGACAUUUCCACCAUGUGUUGAGGCAUUUCGACAUUGCAAGCCGUUGGUUAGUGUGGAUUGGACCCACCUAUACGAAAAAUACGGUAGUACACUGCUUAUCGCGAUUGCACAGGAUGGCAACUCCAACAUCAUCCCUAUUGCUUUUGCACUUGUGGAAGGUGAAAAUGCGGAGUCGUGGUCAUUCUUUCUAUCCCACCUUCGAGCUCAUGUGACGCCUCAACCGGGUAUACUUGUCAUAUCAGAUAGGCACAAUGGGAUAAAGGCUGCGUUGGAGGCUCCUGAUGGGGGAUGGCUUCCGCCUACUGCAUAUAGGGCGUUCUGCAUCCGUCACGUGGCGGCUAAUUUUGCCCUGACUUUCAAGGGGAAGGAUGCAAGGAGGCUGUUAGUGAAUGCUGCAUAUGCAAAGACAGAGGUCGAAUUUCAAUACUGGUUUGACAUCCUGAGAACGUUUAAUCCUACGAUGUGCGAUUGGGCUAAUCGAAUUGAGUAUGCACAUUGGACUCAACAUCGGGAUGAAGGCCGUAGAUUUGGGCACAUGACUACAAACAUAUCUGAGUGUGUGAACUCGAUCCUAAAGGGUGUUAGGAACCUUCCGGUGUGUGCAUUGGUGAAAGCCACAUAUGGGCGGUUGGCCGAGCUAUUCGUUCGUAAGGGAAAAGCGCCCGAGGCACAGUUAGGCACUGGGCAGCAGUUCAGUCAGCAUCAGCUUAAGGCGAUCGAGGCCAACCUGAAGGCCUCAAGGUGCUUCACUGUGAUGCAGUACGACAGGGACAACUCAAAGCACUUCAUUAUCCAUGCCGACAUGCGUGGUCAUGCUGUGCAUAUGCCACGUCGGGCACGGCCUCGUCCAUGA